UUCUCUUGUCUUAAUUUUAAGUUGUGUUUCUAUAAAUCCUAUUUUUAAUUCUGAUACGCAAACAAACUCUUUCCCAUUAAACCUUUUGCAAAUACCAUGUUUUAACCAUCUUUUGGCUUUGUCUUCUUGGUUCAUGUUCCCACCCUGACAUAAGGUUGCUCUUUUCAGAACCAAGCUUCUGAACUAAUCAUUUUUCAUCACCUGGCGCUGGCGCACCAAUCACGAAUCAACUAGGUAUAUAUAUAUAUAUAUAUAUAGCCUUUGUUGGUUUUGUGCUUACAUGGACAACAUGGGAGAUCAAAAGAGCCUCAUACAUGAGCUACUACAAGGUUUGGAGUUGGCAAGACAGCUCCAAAUCUAUCUUCACGUGCCUUCUUCUUCCCAAGAAACCCGUGAGCUGUUGAUCCAAAAGAUCAUAUCCACAUUUGAGAAGGCACUUGAAAUGGUAAAUUGGAAAGGGCCAGUGGGUGAAUCAUCACAACAUCCUUCAGGUGUUGUAAUUCGAAAGUCAGAUUCACCACCUUUGAGCAGCAGUCCCCGCAGUGAAGACUCUGACAGAGAUUUGAAGGACCAGGAAUCGAAUGCUUCCACAAAGAGAAACACUUUCCCAAGAUGGACAAAACAUAUUCGAGUUAACCCAGGAAUGGGAGUUGAAGGGCCUCUUGAUGAUGGAUAUAGUUGGAGAAAAUAUGGCCAGAAAGACAUUCUUGGAGCCAUGUAUCCAAGAGGCUAUUAUAGAUGCACUCACAGAAAUGUUCAAGGUUGCUUGGCCACAAAGCAAGUACAAAGAUCUGAUGAAGACCCCACUGUCUUCGAAAUCAAUUACCGAGGAAAGCAUACUUGCACAAUGGCCUCCAAUGUGGUUCCUACAUCAACUCCACUAGAAAACCAAGAAUCAAAUUUGAACACAAAUCCUCUUCAACAGCAUCAGAAUGUUCUGCAAAGCCUUGAGGAGCAACCAAACGAGCUACUUUUGAACCUCAGGGCAGGCCUUAAAGUCCAAACAGAGAACCUUGAUUCCACUGACCAAUCAUUUUCACCUUUCCAUUUCCCUUCAACUUCAAGCAUAAAAAUUGAAGACCAAGUUUUCCCGUCCCCUAUGGUUGGAAACAGCUUUGCUGAAAACUUGAAUUCCCCUUCGUACAUAUCCCCUGCUACAUCAGGAAUAAGCCACUUUUCGGUGUCUCCAAGUGGGGUUAACAGCUUUGGGGGGCACCCAAAUUUGGCAAGUUCUGGGUCUCAUAUCAAUGACAUGAUCCCUGCUGCUACUUCAGCUGCAAACUCACCAACCGUUGGUUUGGAGUUUCCAUUUGACCAGUUUGAAUUUGAUGGUCAGAACUUCACAUUCCAUAACCCACGAUUUUUCUCGUGAGGUGUAUUGAAUUCAGGGAAGAAUCCGAAUAAAUGUCAAAAAAUAAUUUUAAAAAAUGGUGGAAUUAUAAGUGCUGUUAAACUCAAGACUUCUAGCAUAUAGACUAUCGUUUAUAAAGAGAGGCAAAAACAUUUAUAUGUAUGUCUUAACUACUUGUAACUUAGGGUGUGCAAAUCUAAGCUCGCUUUGUCAACAGGAAUUUUCUGUUCUCAUUAUAGACAGGUCAAGUUAUCACGUUGUAUUUCUUUUGUUUUUGUCCUUCCUGCUUCUUCUCA